AUGGCUACAAAGACUCGAGUCACCAGUACUCCUGACAAGGACUGGCUGGACAAGUUCAUUGCCUUGCUCAGCCGCUCCUAUAUCACCACUCCCCUAACCACUGCCUUCAUUACCGAGAUCGAUGGCACCCCAUCCUCUGCAUCCCGCAGCGAAGUGAUUACCCCAGAGCGGCUGACCAAGCACUUCACGCUGGGAAUCACUGCCGCUGCCCGCUCGAACGUGGUCCUCAUCGAGUCCGGCGAUUUUACAGCGGCCGCUCUUUGGGAGCCACCGGACUUCUGUGGCAUUCCCCCUUCCCAGGCUCGACGGGACCCGGGACCUAUAUUGCAGGAGUGGCGUAAAACGGCUCGUGACCUGAAGGCAAAAUAUCUGUCAGUGCCUGAUCAGGGUCCUCACAGCUACGAUCAGCCUGCGGCACCCAGUCAGUCGUCUGGUGCACCAUCCGAGGACCCAUACCCAGCCGACUUCAACAAAGAUAUUGAUUAUGAGACACGUCCCUUCUACCACCUCGCCAUGUGUGCAAAAGAUCCGGACAAGGACGCCAAAGAAAGUUUUACAGCGCUCGUGGCGGUUUUUGACGUUUUUCUGAAUAAGGCAAAGGCGGAAAGCGUCCCAGUCUAUCUGGAAACUGCAUUGGAGGAAAGCAAGAAGGAGUAUGAAGAGCUUGGCUUCAAAGUCGCAGAAGAGGUGGUGAUUGGGAAGGGUCGAGUAGACAGUACUGGAUGGCCCAAGGAAGGAGGCGAGGGUGUUCGGACUUGGGCAUUGCUUUAUGAUCAACAUCUGAAUUGA